AUGCUGAUCGAUCGUAGGUUGGGGGUGAAGGCGCAGGAGGCGGAGAAAGAGGCGGAGGAGGAGGCGAAGAAGAGACACAAGGAGGAACGGGAAAAGUUGCAGGCGGAGCGGGACGCGCGCGUGCAACCGGGACCGGAGGAUCCGGAGGCGUUGGUGCGGUAUUUUUUUGAGACGGAGAUCAAUGAGAUGGAGUAUGAGAUCGUGCGUUGCAGACCGUUGUUGACGGAUGAUUUUUUCAACUCGCUCAAGGCGAGCAUCGAGAAGGAGGAGGGGUUGGAGAAGGAGAAGCGCGAGGCGUUGUACACGGUGACGAGCGGAUUCGUGGGAUUCGUCGAUCAGACCACGAAGGCGAUGUUACAACCGCGCGAGCGCAUGAUGAAACUUUUGACAGCCAAGGAUAAGAAGGCGAUGAUCCUCGAGAUGGUGGAAACUGGAGAGUUGGACAUCAACUUGAUGGCGUUGCUCAAGACGAACGAAAACACCGCUCGCGAGGCGGGAUUGACGCAAGAAGCUGACUUUAUGAAGAAGAUUUACAACGCGUGCUCAAAGUUCGUGAGCGUGUAA